GCUUGCUCAAUGUUAAUGUUUGACGAGGAGGAAGAAGGGCCCUGGCUUCUAUUUCUCUUAGACAACAGAACCACAGCCUUUCAGUUCUACUUUUACUCAGACACUUGUUUGCUGCUCCUUGAAGGAACUAAACGGUUUAAUCUGAGACAUAACGAUUGAACACAUGGAGGUGCUGGUGCUGGUCGAUUUUGAGGCCUCCAUGGGCGACGAGCUGACCGUGAAGAUUGGAGAUGUGGUCAAAAAUGUCACCAAGGCCACGGACGAAGGAUGGCUGCAGGGGGAGCUGCAGGGGAAGAGGGGCAUUUUCCCGUCAAACUUUGUCAAAGAAAUACCUGUGUAUUUGAUGGGCGACAGCAAGAGGGAACCACGAAGCAUUAGAAAAACAAAAAAGGGAGUGCAGACAAGGAAAUGUGAGGUCGCCUUCCCAUACAGUCCCCAAAAUGAAGAUGAGUUGGAGCUGGUGGUUGGAGAAAUUCUGGAGAUCAUUAGAGAGAUUGAAGAUGGAUGGUGGAUGGGCCUAAAACAAGGCAAAGUUGGAGCAUUUCCCUCCAAUUUUGUUAAAGAAAUUUUCGUUUCGCCCAAAGAUGCAAAGCAAAACGAGGGCAAAGCCAGGCCUAAACUGUCUGAUGCCAUGUUCACCAAGGAGAUAUCUCAGCGAGCCAGUGUGAGAAACAAGACAAGGAACAGUGUGGAGUAUUGCCAGGUCAUGUUCGACUAUAAGGCCAAAGCAGCGGAUGAGUUGGAAAUGAAGAAGGGUGACGUUGUAGCCAUACUGAACAAGGAAACGGAAGAUGAAGGCUGGUGGGAGGGGGAGCUGAAAGGCCGCCGCGGCUUCUUUCCUGACAACUUUGUCAUGGUUUUGCCACCAACGGACAGUCUGCAAUAUGGAAGAACAAGUCAGCCACCUGCACGGGGGAACAGUAUAAAAGGCCCAGGAACAACGAUGGAGAAAAAUGAGCAAGCAAAGACUAAAGAAGAGAAACCAGAGCAUAAAGACUUGAGAAGCAACCCUCCAACCAAAGUAAAGCUGCCAACCAUUAAACCCACUCCACCUCCCGUCAAAGAAAAACCUAACAAGCUUGUACCAAUUUCUACCAAUGGGGAUGCAGCUCCCACCUCACCAAAACCGCAGGCGAAAGAGGGUGACCAGUUUGAUGGGAUGGAUGUGCAAACUGAAAAGCUGAGUCAUCCCACAGCUAACAGGGCCAAGCCACCACAAAGGAGACCCCCAACAGCCCUGAGUACUACAGUUCAUACCCAGAGUGCAACAGAUGAAACGGAUGCAGAGCCAUCAGACAAACUGCCCAGCUUUCAGAAGGUAUCAGAAAUUCUCCCAACACUUCCUGCAAAGCCUGAGGUUCCAGUUAAGAUACCGAUUCCAGUUCGACCAGCUUUCCCAAAAAAUGUUGUCGGCAACAAAACCGCGAACCAUAGAGAUGAAGAGCCGAUUAUAGGGAGCCUGCAGGCAGAGAUCAAGGAGCUGAGAAUGGCAUUGGAGCUGUUGCAGACCCGACAUGAACGAGACAUGCAGGAAGUGAAAGAAGAACUGAAGGAGGAAAGAAAUAGGCGACUAGCCUUGCAGGAGGAAGUGAGCAGUUUAAAAGCAAAGCAUUAGACUCUGAUGUUGACUAUGCUGGACUUGGGGAAUCCUGCUGGACAGCAAAAUGUGUUUCUUUUUUUUUCUUUUUUUUUUAAGUUUACUGAGACCAAGUAAAGGAAGGGGUGAAAAAUAUAAUUCAAACUGAAAAUAUACGCAUGAUGUCUACAUUUGAAACUAUUGUUAGGGAUAAGGUAUCCUCUCCUGCAUUGGACCCAAGGGAAAGUAUUUCCAUAGAGACUUUGAAAUGACAUGCUGAUAAUUUGCAUAUUUUAAUACUGCACGUAACAGCAGACGGUCCACUAUGGGUGAUGUUUGGAACAAAUGUUUUUACAAUCUUCUGUUUUGAAUGUUGCAUUAUUAUUUUUUUUUUAACUGUAGCCUACUUUUAAUACCUCGAUAAAGUUUGUAAUAUAUGCAGCUGUAUAUAAAGUGAAAUAUUGUGAAUGUUAAUAAAAUAAAUGCUGGUGUCAAAAACAUCAGUCAGAAAA